GCCUCUCAGUGCCGUCUCUGACACCGCUCAGACAAUGACUGGAGUCGUCAUCCUUCUGCUGGCCCUGGCGGCGCCAAACAUGGCUGGUGGGGGCUUCGGAGGCGGCUUCGGAGGACCAGCUGGAGGUUAUGGAGGAGGCGGUUAUGGUGGAGGAGGUUUUGGAGGUGGGGUUUAUAGAGGUGGCGGUUUUGGAAGUGGAGGCUAUGGCGGUAGUGGUGGAUUUGGAGGCGGCGGCUUCGGAGGUGGCGGCUUCGGAGGUGGUGGCUUUGGAGGUGGCGGCUUCGGAGGAGGUGGCUUCGGAGGCGGUGGCUUUGGAGGAGGUGGCUUCGGAGGUCGUGGCUUUGGAGGAGGUGGCGUCAGAGGAGAAGGUUCGGGAGUCCGCGCCGAAGUCUGUGAACCACAAGUGAUCCUUAAGACCCACUACAAAACCAAGCUUAAUGAGGUACCUGUGUUGAAAACAGUGCUGAGUAAGAAGCUGGUACUGCAGCCGUACACUGAAUAUCUGUACAGCACUAUCUACAAGGAGAACACUUUGUACCUCACCAAGACGGAAUUUGUCACCAACACCGACUACGUCACCAGGGUUUGUAUUGUAGUAGGAGUGUCUUAUGUGGAGAUAAUGGGUGACAAGAGGAGUAAUUGUAACAGUACUUGAAGUUAUAGUAACAAU